UGGCAAUCAGUUACCGAAUUGCCACCGAAACGUUAGCACCGACUUAGGCGCCGGUUUGUGAUGACUGCAGCAAAAUAAAAUAAUUAUAAUAAUAAUAUAAUAACUAAAAAUAAAAAAUAAUAAUUAAUUUGAUUAUCCAAAGAAGCGUCGCAUUAAGUAUAUGGUAUUCAGUAUAUAUCGGAAUGGAAUUGCUUUCGACGUCAUUAAAAAUCGUCUAAAGUAUACAUUCAGGCGCACUUUUCUUUUCGCGCAUACCUAUUCGUCAAGCAAUUAGUGUGUCCAGUCAAGGUGGACGCUGAAAAGAAAGUUAUAUAUUUUAAGGCGCUCUACCGAGUGUUUACAUAGUAGUAGUAGUGCGUGUCGAUUGUGUAUGCCACCAAUGCUUUUCGUUUGCGAUCAUUAAUUCGGCUGAGCAUAAAUAUACUUUACGUUCAACGUCUUAGAUCUUAAACUGUAAUCGAAUGUUACAUAACUUGUGAGAAUAACGGAAAAUAACGUGUAUUUGAUUUGAAUUCAACGAAAUAGCAAAUACCAUCUUUGAUGCGAGCGUUUUGUGAAUUGACAAACGUUCGAGCACAUGUGCGGGUUACAUUUUAAAACGAGAAAUAGUCCGUCUCAAAAGACGUCCCUACGCUGGGGCGAUAGUUGCAAUUUUCAUUAACAAAAAUACUUGUGCUCGGAGUUUUUGGAAAUAAAUAUAAUAUAAAACAUAAAUUGGCCAUUAAAUUCAUGCUCGAAGCAUAUAUUGUAAAAGAAGUAUACAAUUAUUUAAGUAACCAAAACGAAAUACAAAAAUUGAAUAUUCUAAAUUAAUUGAAAACAGUAUCUAAACUAAAACUGUUUCUGAAAGUGUUCCUUUGGCUCGAAUAUGUCCAUGAAAACUAAAUAAUAGAAAAUUGAAACUACGCUUGGACAAGGUCAUCACUCGAAUCACACGAAAUUAAAGUACAUUUUUGAUUGAAACAAUAAUCUGGAGAUAAUACACGUCCCAACAUGAUUAAUAUCGCUGGUGUGGUGAGCAUCGUGCUCUUCUAUCUACUAAUUCUGGUUGUGGGUAUAUGGGCGGGACGUAAGAAGGCGGCAGGCAAUGAUUCCGAGGAGGAGGUGAUGCUGGCAGGACGCUCAAUUGGUCUUUUCGUAGGCAUAUUCACAAUGACCGCAACUUGGGUGGGUGGUGGCUACAUAAACGGUACGGCAGAGGCCAUCUACACAUCCGGUCUGGUGUGGUGUCAGGCGCCAUUUGGUUAUGCCUUAAGCUUGGUUUUCGGUGGCAUUUUCUUUGCAAAUCCUAUGCGGAAACAAGGUUACAUAACCAUGUUGGAUCCGCUACAGGACUCUUUUGGUGAACGCAUGGGUGGUUUACUCUUUUUGCCGGCCCUCUGUGGAGAGGUGUUCUGGGCUGCUGGCAUUUUAGCCGCUUUGGGCGCUACGCUGUCUGUAAUUAUCGAUAUGGACCAUCGCACUUCGGUGAUACUCUCGUCAUGUAUUGCCAUUUUCUACACGCUCUUCGGUGGCUUAUACUCUGUCGCUUAUACCGAUGUUAUACAACUAUUUUGCAUAUUUAUCGGAUUGUGGAUGUGCAUACCAUUCGCUUGGGCCAAUGAUCACGUGAAGAGUUUGUCCUCAAUGGAGGUUGACUGGAUCGGGCAUGUGGAACCGGUGAAACAAUGGUUCUACAUAGACUAUGGACUGCUAUUGGUAUUUGGUGGCAUACCAUGGCAGGUGUACUUUCAGCGAGUGUUAUCAAGCAAGACAGCUGGUCGUGCUCAAUUGUUGUCAUAUGUUGCGGCAGCUGGUUGCAUCCUUAUGGCGAUCCCUCCGGUACUCAUUGGCGCCAUUGCCAAAGCAACAGCAUGGAAUGAAACCGAAUAUACUGGCCCCUAUCCACUAACCGUCGAGCAAACUAGCAUGAUAUUACCUAUGGUACUACAGUAUCUUACACCUGAUUUCGUAUCAUUCUUUGGUCUUGGCGCCGUUUCGGCAGCUGUCAUGUCCUCGGCGGAUUCGUCAGUGCUUUCGGCUGCAUCCAUGUUUGCGCGCAAUGUUUACAAACUAAUUUUCCGACAAAAAGCUUCCGAGAUGGAAAUUAUUUGGGUGAUGCGCGUGGCCAUAAUAAUUGUGGGUAUACUUUCAACUAUAAUGGCACUUACGAUUCCCUCCAUCUAUGGUCUUUGGUCCAUGUGCUCGGAUUUGGUGUAUGUCAUUUUGUUCCCACAACUUUUGAUGGUCGUACACUUUAAAAAGCACUGUAAUACUUACGGCAGCUUAGCUGCCUAUAUAGUGGCGCUCUUAAUUCGUUUGUCGGGUGGUGAGGCAAUGCUUGGUCUGGCGCCUCUCAUACAUUUUCCAGGCUACGACGAGGAGACACAAACCCAGUUAUUCCCCUUCCGUACCACGGCCAUGUUAAUGAGUCUGAUCACGCUGAUAGGUGUUUCUUGGUGGACAAAAAUGAUGUUCGAAUCGGGCAAACUUCCACCGAAUUACGACUAUUUUCGUUGUGUAGUGAAUAUUCCUGAAGAUGUACAAAGAGUGGGAGAGCCUUCAGAAGCUGGAGAGCAGCUUUCUGUUAUGGCUGGUCCAUUGGCACGUUCCUAUGGUGCAGCCACGAUGGCUGGCAAAGAUGAGCGUAACGGACGUAUUAAUCCGGCGCUCGAGUCCGAUGACGAUUUACCCGUAGCCGAGGCGAAACGCAUGAAUCAGCAGACAGCGCAGGCGCAAGUGCAGAAAAUGUUGAGCAAGGCGACGGGUAAAGGUGGCAGCAGUGCCAGUGACUGCGGCGGCGGCGGAGGCGGAGGCGGAGUCGGCUGUGAUGUGGGCAUGGGUCUAAAUUUAAGCGGUCAAGGUAUGGCUGUGCCAACUGCUGAGCAUGAUAAUACUGCCUUCUAAGCACAUGUUCAAAUACACAUAAAUACACCUACAGAUGCAUUCUUAUAAAAUUGAAUUUAAUUAUUUAAAAUAUAAAUUUUCAAAUUUGAAUAGUGGAAAGAACGCCUGAAAAGUAAGAGAGGAAAAUUCGCUAACAUCUUAAAUGAUUGAAAAAAACCAAAUUAAAAUACAGAAUUUAAGCAAAAGUGCUCAUGAAACUCAUACACAUACAAACAUAAAUUUAAAUGCAAUUAUAUUUGGUGUAGACUUAUAGGAAUGCUUGCCAAGCAGUUGGACAAUGGAGUUUGAAGGCAAUUAUGUUAAUGACUAAGCUUAUGAAACAAACAUAUCAACGCAAAAAAAAUGCGAAAGUAGAAGAAAACUAAAUUAAAUAUACAAAAAUAUAUAUACAUAUACAUAUUUUAUCUGCUGUUAUAAACUAUUUUUGUGUAGUGUUGCCAGUGUUAACACUUUGUGCUUUUUGUUUUUUGUUAAAUGUGUUUUACGGCUAAUAACUAAUUAAAGAAUAGUGCGUAUUGUAAACACUUUAAAAGUAAUGCAAUGUUAAACUUUCUAUUUGAAAUAAGUAUUAGGCAGAAAUGUCUUAAUAAGUAUCUCUAAUUACCUAUAUAGGUUCGUUUGUUCUCUGUAUGUAUUAUGUGCUUGCUUGCAACAGAAUCUUUAAUUAAGAAUCUAAUCUAAAACAGUUUAUAAGGAAGAACUUUGCACAGAAAACGCAGUAGUGACUAACCUUGUUGUUUGCUUAAAUAUUGAAUAGGUAUACUAAGUAAUGUUAUAAAUUCUGCAUCAUUAUUUGUUAAAAUUUGCAUUUCAGUAAGUAAAACUCUUUUUAAGAAUAUACAAAGUGCUCAGGUGCCGUGAAUAAAAUAUAGGUAUAUACUUGUAUUUUAUUGUUCCAGUUUGGUAACUUUUUUUUGUAUACCAUGACUUUUCAUAGUGAAAUUUAUUUUGUUAAAAAUAGUUGAAUACUUUGUUUUACUAUAUACUUAUGGUACAUUUAAAGAACUAAGUUUUUAAUAUGCUAUACAUAUCAAUACAUAAAAGAUUUUUAAUUAAAGAGGAGUUCGCUAAAAAAUUAGAAUGAGCAUUAAAGACUCGAAAAAAACAAAUAAACAUAUCAAUCCGUAUUGGACUUAACAAUAUAUUUAUAUUUAAUAAAGACAUACCUAUAAUUAACUGAAGUAACAUAAAAAGUAUUUACCAAAAGAUGUAUAUUUGCACUAAAAAAUGUCUUGUAAAAUAUUUGAAUUUUUGUUUAAUAUAUGAAAUGAGAAACUGUAAAAUUUCUAUUUUUUGAGUUUAAAAAUUUUUAAAGAUCAAUACCCGGAGAGUUGGAGUUAUUUUAAAGGGUGAAGUCUUACGUAACCAUUCAUCUAGAGGUAAAAGAGAUGAAUGAUUUUAUAUACAAAAUUGUAAAAAAGGAUUUAGAAUUUAUCUGUGUGAGCAGAAUUGCGAGUUUUCAAAUUAAAAAAGUUAGGAUUCAACUUUGUAUAUGGAUUUUUUAUUUAAGCUCAAAAACCAGGACAUUCAAAAAAAAUCUUAUUUUUUUAAUUCUUAAUUAUUAUGUGUUAAUCCCAAACUCAUUUUUUGGAAUAACAAAUGUAUUUCUCCUUUUUUAAUCCGGUGUUUGUGAUUAGAAAUUUCGGCAUUAGCAGCGUAGCGAAUUUUUAUAUAAAUUUUUUUUUUUUUUCAAUUUAUUUGUAUUUUUCAAUCCGGUAUUUGUGAUUAGAAAUUUUAAAAUUAUAAUUAAUUAAGAUGUAUAUAUAAUGUUUAAUAAUAAUAAAUAAUUUAAAUGUUAAUUCAAUUAUUUUUUUAAUGUUCGUACUAUUUGCAACUCUGAGUGAGAGUCUUAAAAUUUUGUCAUUCAUUUACUUUCUCAUCAUUAAUAAAUCAUGUUGCAGAAGUUCAAACGCAUUGCUAGUGAAUUAUCAUUGAAUAAAUUUUUCUCUAUUUGAUCGCGACUUUAAAGAACUCUCAUAUUAGACAUCGAAAGUUUUAGUUUCACGAUCUUACUACGACCCUUCUAUGGGGCUAAAUGUUUAAUUUUCAUAUUAUUCUUUGAUUUAUAUUAAACAUAUAAAUAAAUGCAAAUUAACAGUAGAGACCCAGAUUUCGUAAUUUACGAUGAACUGAAUUAAAAAAGAUAUGAUUCAUAUAUUGAAAUUAUAAACAAAAAAAUUUGAAGGUUUCUUUAUAGGUAUGUAAUGGUCAAACCAUAAAACGAAAAAAAAUGGUUAUAUGUUAUUCUAACUCAUUAAGUGACUCAUUCAGUUUGAUCAAAAUAAUUCAAGAUAAACCGUUAUUUCGCAACGUUCCGAGUAUUCUCAAUUUAUGUGCACAAUUUACAUUUUUAAUUUUUCAAGACAAAGAAGAUGCAUGAAAAAACUAUUUUUGAGCGCCAGAUGUAAAUUGUUAAGCAAUACAUUGUUUGUAACGUAUACAUAUCAGCAAAAGUAUAAAAAUAUAUAGUAUUGUAUAUACUUGUAGUGUGUAUGUUCGCUAUUGUUGCACUGCAAGUGAGAUGCAAAACUCUAUCAUGUGACCUUCCAUUAUUUGAAACCCUCUUCUACAUACACACAAAUUUAGAUAUAAAAAUGUAUGAGAAACGCUUUUAGGAAGUAAACGGUUGUUUGCUGUUAAAAAUUGAAAAAAAAAAUAUUAAUUAGAAAUAAUUCAAAAAAUAUUAAAGCAUGAACAUCUGAGUGUUAAUGUUGAUUCGGGUGUGUUAGCUUAAAUACACUUAAGAAAUACAUACAUAUGUAUGUAUAUAUGUAUGUUAAACAAAUGCAUUAAAUAAAGCUGAAAUUUUGAGAUGAAGUUAAAUGUUGAAACAGUUAGUUGAAUAAAAGUACUUGCAAAUUAUCUACAAAUUGAAAACGCAUACAUAUCAUUUUAAUGUAAGUUGUGAGAUGAAUUAUAUAUACCAUACAUAUAUAAAAACCUAUAUAUGAAAUUAUAAUAAUAAUAUUAAUAAGACGCAUCCGUUCAUAAAUGUUGACAUGUAUUCACUUUCCCAGCAACAUAUGAGUAUACAUACUUAUGAUCUUUAAUUAUUGCUUUUUCUGCAGAAUAAGAUUUCUCUUAAGAAUAGAUGGGCAACGAAGUAGAAUAGUGUUUAAGGCAUGAUAAAACAGGCUGUGGCUGAGAAAGGCUUUUCUAACUAUUAAUUCAUUUUGAAUUUAAGGAAAUUAACCACAUACGAAAUCAAUUCAAUAGAAGAGAUCAUAACAUGUGAUCAUGCCCUCCAAGUAGUAUGAUUAUUCUCAAUAGGACCCUAUUAACUUUAGGUAAUUUUCGAAAAUAUAUACAGUUAGGAUGCCACACUGCUUUAGAGUAGAAUAGAUAAAGUAAACUUCGACACAACGCGAAAUGAUGAAAUAUGUUAAGCUGCAUCCCUCAAAAUUCGAGGUAAAGAUGACAUUCUGCUCUUUAGAUACUUCUUUAAAAGCUUCAAAACAUGCUUUAAAAUUUCGUGGAAACUAUUGUACGUUAUCAAUUUAAUGAAUAAUAUAUUUUUGCGUUUAAUGAAAUAUGUAAAUCUAGUUAUAUAAAAAAUAUGUACCACACAUAUCCAUAGUAUGCCUGCAAUUCACAAAUAGUAAAGACUAUAAAAUUAUUUGGACAGCCAUAGCUUCAUAAUAUUAUAUACUCGUAUAUAUAAUAUAACUUACUAGUGAAAUUACAAAUAUAUAAGUAGUUGAAAUAUAGAAAAAAUAUAUUAAAAUAUUUUAAUUGAUAGCGAAUUCCCCUCCAUUGUCUGCCCCAUAUAAGCACAUAUGUAUGUACUGCAAACACAUACAUAUCAAUAGUUGAAAAAAAGAAAGAAAAAACUAUUGAUCGUUAUUUACUGUUAUCGGUUUACUUGUACAAACCUAAAAUUACUUGCAAGGAAGUAUACAAAAGAGAAUAUAUGGACGCUCCACAUAGUACGUCUAUAUGUAAUUAUAAGUAUUAACAAAUGAGAAAUCAAACUACAAGUACUAGCUAACUACAUAUGAUUCUAGGUAAGAACAAGUAUUAUUACUCGCACAUACAUAUGUAUAAAAAAUAAAUAUUAUAGCCUAAGAGUGUUUGUAUAUACACACACAUAUAUAAGGCCGCAAGGAUUUCAUAGUUCUAAUAUAUAAUAAAUAUAGAUACAAAUACAUACAUAUACAUAUAUACAUGAAAUGUUAAAAACCCUAAGCUGUAAACGACCGCAAGUGAUGUUGACUGCUUUUUUGAAAUGUGUAAGAAAUACAAAAAUGUAUGUAGAGACCUUAUAUUGUAGUUAAAAAUACAAAGAAACACAAAACGAAUUAUUAUAAAAUGUGUAACUUCUAAAUAUAUGUAUGUAUGUCACACGUCUAAUAAAAGUUAUUCGGUAUUUUAUUCUAAAAAUUGCGAAAAAUAAAAUUUAUAUUUCCCUCGAGUUUGUUGGCAAUUUAUCCCAAUUUAAUAAAAACAAAUUAUUUCAUAAUAUCUAUUAUAAACUAAAACAGUAUACAAGUUAAUAUUGCAAAUCUGAAUGUGUUUUUUAUUCUUAAAAUCCUACGUCAAUCAUCCGUUAUAAUGUUGAAAAAUAAAACAUUUUAAGCAUUUAAAAUUAGUGGCAGUGUGAUUGAUUAGUGCCAGUAUGAGUAUCAAUGAACAUAGUAUACGCACCAGCUGAUGCGAGUGAAAUGCGAAAUUCUUUAUGUGUUUUAUGUUAUAUAAUAUUAGAGGUUGGAUAUUUAUUUUAUUUGUUUAUUUUGAACGAUUUAAUAAUUUUUUCGCGGUUGUUGCAACAGGAACACUAGUUGUUUAUACGAAGAUAUGAGGAAGGAUUUCCGAUUAUUAGCUUUUUUUGCAUUUCGUUCAUAUCAUUAAUGGAAAAUAAUCUUUGUUUUAAUGCCGAAGGUGAAGUUCUUUUUCAGAAGAACUUUCUGAUCAGGUGCCUUGAGUUAGUGAUGAGUAAUUUUUUUAGGUUAGGUCUAUUAAUCGACACACAAAUAUUAAAUCUAACUAAGUUUGUAAAAAAUUUAAAGGAAAUAGGUGUAAAUAUUUACAAAAUUCUAAUUAAAAAUAAUUUCAAAAAUUGAUCGCGAUGAGUUUUUUGUGGUAUUUUUGUCAUAAAAACUUUACAAUAUUAAAAACCAUGUACCGUAAUUCGUAAAAUUACACUUAAAAAUGGGUUCAAUCUAAAAAAUUUACUAUAUUAAAUGACCUUGGCUAGGAAAUGAACAUCAACUGAAUGGCCAGCUAGUUUACCGCUUCAUGGUUUUAACAAACUGUCGAAGUGCUCGCUGUUCUGUACCGUUCAUUAGUUAUUUUCACUAAAUUUGUUUAUUUUCACUUUAGUUGCAAAUAAUAUAAUGUUUUCAUAAUAUUUCGAUAUACAUAAAUUAUAGCACUAAGUUAAACACAGUUAUAAAUUUGUAUGUACGCAUUUACUUCCACCAAUACAAAUAAUUUAAAUUUGUAUUUUGGUGUAAGCUGAGAAACCAUAUAACUACACGUAUGAUAAUUUUGAGAAUGCAACACAAAAUAAGUUUUAUGAUAAUCAUUUGUAGAUAAGUAUUAGCUGGAUAGAUAUACUCUACAGUUUUGAGAUUAAUGAGCAGAAUGCGCAUGUAUGAAAACCAAAAACCACCAAUAGUCACUUAAAGUUUACAUUAAAUUUGUAUAAGUUGUUGUUCUAAAUAUAACCGCAUAUUAGUUCCUACAAAAGUAACCAACUUCUUAAUUAAAGUUUUAUUAAAAUUUUAUUAAAAUUUCAGAUUUUGGCAAAUUUUGACCAUUUGCUUUCAAAAAUAAUUUAACAAAAAGAAUAGGCAAAGAUGAGAACUAUUUUAAUAAUCGAAAAGAGUAAAAAAAUUAAUUAGUAUAUUUGUGUUAACCAAUAAGGAGUAAAUAUAAAUACAUAUCAAUGUUUAAAUAUAUAGAAAAUACACAAAAUCACGAAAUAAUUAUGGUUUAUUUAUUAUACACUUACAUAAAUAUGUAUAUAAAAAUACAGCAGAGUGUAUUUAAUAAACGAUAAAAACUUUAAA